AUGUCCCAUCGUCAGCGGGUUUCUUAUCAAACUCCGCCGCCGAGCCCUCAUAGAUCUCCUCCGCGCAGGAAUCCUGAUAUAUCUCCGCCUGGGGGUGGUCCCUCUAGAUCUUCACAGCAGGAUCCUCGGUCUCAAAAAACUUUAUCCUCCUCGGGCCAAAGAGCUUCAUCUACCAAGAGAGGAGAUCAACCGAAGGGACCUCCUGGUUCUAGGUACGCAGUUAGUCGUUCCUCUGUUCCUCCGCGUGAUGAUCCAAAAAGUAAGCAGACUCCUUCUCCUCCUCGUGGUGAAGCACUGUAUGUUCCACCCCUUCAUUCUAUGGCUCCGCCUACGGUGCCCCAACAGAGGCCUUCGGCUCCCCCUCCAGUAGUUCCUACUAAGGGAAAAUCCACCAAGGGUACUCGAAGCCUGAUUCAUCGAAGAACCUCCCUACUAAAAGGAAAGCCUCGGAGAUGA